AUGUCGUCCACUUCAGACAGCCAGAACCAGACCAUGAGCUUCGGGAAUAACUCACCGAUAAGCUCUUAUUCCUCAUCCUCUAUUUCGAUUUCACCUCCCCCGAGCCCUAGAAAAACCACCAAAACCCUCACCCAAACCAAACCCACACAUGGCGGAGCCACCUCUUCCCAGCGGUCGUCUGUUUCGAAACCUUCCACAGCCCCCACAAAACUCCCUUUCAAAGCCUCCAAAGCCAUCAUUACCCCUCCGGCCAAGAUCCCUCAACCUAAACCUAAAACCCCUCAACCAAAACCCAAAACUACCCCCAAACUAAGGGCCAAGACACCUGCAAAACCAAGGAUGCAUUCGUCAUCUACGGCCACCUCCAGACCCUACACUAAGCUUGCCCCACCACCAGUCAUCCCUAACAUCACUAUGGUGGGUGCAACGCAUAAUCCACUCCCAGCCUACAUCCACAACGCACUGUCACCAGCUGUGCAUCCACCAUCUCCACUUUCUAUCAAGCCCUUGGCCACCAUUUAUCCAGUGGAAUCAGACGCGUCGAGCCAACCACCUCAUUCGCCCAUCUUCAUAUCUUCCCCUGGGAUGCCUAACAUCACUAUGGUGGGUGCAACACAUAAUCCACUCCUAGCCUAUAUCCACAAUGCACCGUCACCAGCUGUGCAUCCACCACCUCCACUUUCUAUCGAGCCCUUGGCUACCAUUUAUCCAGUGGAAUCAGACGCGUCAAGCCAACCACCUCAUUCACCCAUCCUCAUAUCUUCCCCUGGAAUGCCUCAUACCCUAGUGGGCACCCCUCCAUUUACUCCAUUCACACCACCCUCUGACAAUCCUGCGUCAGAGCGCAAUCUUGAAGAGUUGGCAGAAUUGGCUCGACUGGACGAGCAAGAGGUUUUUGGUGCGAUCUUGGCAUCUCUCAAUCAAAGCCAAGAGGAAGAGAAGGUGAUAUGUUCAGACCCACCUAACACAUCACUUGAGUUAGACGAAGUGGAGUGA